AUGCGUUUUGGAUACUUCGCUUUUUGUGUUAUUCUUGGUAUUUUUACAAUAUCAGCAGCUCCAGCUAGAUAUGGAAAGCGAGCAUUUGGAGAACAUGACUUUGAUAAACAAGAUCUUGGAGAAGACGAUUAUGGAGAGAACGAUAUAGACCAAGAAUUUGGAGAACAUGAAAAUGAUUCUUUAGAGCGAGAUGAUGGAGAACAUGAUGAUGAAGAGCAUGAAUUUGGAGAUGAGCGAGAUGUUGAAGAAUAUGAUUCCGCAGAGCGAGAUGUCGAAGAAUAUGAUUCUAUAGAGCGCGAUGUUGAAGAACAUGAUUCUGUAGAGCGAAUUGAUGGAGAACAAGAACUUGGAGAACACGAUAAUGGAGAGCAAAAAUUUGAAAAAGAUGACUAUGAAAAGAAAGAUGUUGGAGAUGAUGCUUAUGGAGAGCAAGAACUUGGAGAGAAUGAUUUAGACCAAGAAUUUGAAAAAGAUGACUUUGAAGAGAAAGAUGUUGGAGAUGAUGAUAAUGGAGAGCAAGAACUUGGAGAGAAUGAUUUAGAGGAAGAAUUUGGAGAAGAGGAUUAUAAAGAGGAAGAUGCUGGAGAUGAUGCUUAUGGAGAGCAAGAACUUGGAAAGAAUGAUUUAGACAAAGAAUUUGAAAAAGAUGACUUUGAAGAGAAAGAUGUUGGAGAUGAUGAUAAUGGAGAGCAAGAACUUGGAGAGAAUGAUUUAGACGAAGAAUUUGGAGAAGAGGAUUAUGAAGAGGAAGAUGCUAGAGAUGAUGCUUAUGGAGAGCAAGAACUUGGAGAGAAUGAUUUAGAGGAAGAAUUUGGAGAAGAGGAUUAUAAAGAGGAAGAUGCUGGAGAUGAUGCUUAUGGAGAGCAAGAACUUGAAAAGAAUGAUUUAGAGGAAGAAUUUGGAGAAAUUGAUUAUAAAGAGGAAGAUGCUGGAGAUGAUGCUUAUGGAGAGCAAGAACUUGGAAAGAAUGAUUUAGACAAAGAAUUUGAAAAAGAUGACUUUGAAGAGAAAGAUGUUGGAGAUGAUGAUAAUGGAGUGCAAGAACCUGGAGAGAAUGAUUUAGAGGAAGAAUUUGGAGAGGAGUAUUAUAAAGAGGAAGAUGCUGGAGAUGAUGAUUAUGGAGAGCAAGAACUUGGAGAGAAUGAUUUAGAGGAAGAAUUUGGAGAAGAGGAUUAUAAAGAGGAAGAUGCUGGAGAUGAUGCUUAUGGAGAGCAAGAACUUGGAGAGAAUGAUUUAGACCAAGAAUUUGAAAAAGAUGACUUUGAGGAGAAAGAUGUUGGAGAUGAUGAUAAUGGAGAGCAAGAACCUGGAGAGAAUGAUUUAGAGGAAGAAUUUGGAGAAGAGGAUUAUAAAGAGGAAGAUGCUGGAGAUGAUGAUUAUGGAGAGCAAGAACUUGGAGAGAAUGAUUUAGAGGAAGAAUUUGGAGAAGAGGAUUAUAAAGAGGAAGAUGCUGGAGAUGAUGCUUAUGGAGAGCAAGAACUUGGAGAGAAUGAUUUAGACCAAGAAUUUGAAAAAGACGACUUUGAAGAGAAAGAUGUUGGAGAUGAUGAUAAUGGAGAGCAAGAACUUGGAGAGAAUGAUUUGGAGGAAGAAUUUGGAGAAGAGGAUUAUAAAGAGGAAGAUGCUGGAGAUGAUGCUUAUGGAGAGCAAGAACUUGGAGAGAAUGAUUUAGAUAAAGAAUUUGAAAAAGAUGACUUUGAAGAGAAAGAUGUUGGAGAUGAUGAUAAUGGAGAGCAAGAACCUGGAGAGAAUGAUUUAGAGGAAGAAUUUGGAGAAGAGUAUUAUAAAGAGGAAGAUGCUGGAGAUGAUGAUUAUGGAGAGCAAGAACUUGGAGAGAAUGAUUUAGAGGAAGAAUUUGGAGAAGAGGAUUAUAAAGAGGAAGAUGCUGGAGAUGAUGCUUAUGGAGAGCAAGAACUUGGAGAGAAUGAUUUAGAGCAAGAAUUUGAAAAAGAUGACUUUGAAGAGAAAGAGGUUGGAGAUGAUGAUAAUGGAGAGCAAGAACUUGGAGAGAAUGAUUUGGAGGAAGAAUUUGGAGAAGAGGAUUAUAAAGAGGAAGAUGCUGGAGAUGAUGCUUAUGGAGAGCAAGAACUUGGAGAGAAUGAUUUAGACCAAGAAUUUGAAAAAGAUGACUUUGAAGAUAAAGAUGUUGGAGAUGAUGAUAAUGGAGAUCAAGAACUUGGAGAGAAUGAUUUAGAGGAAGAAUUUGGAGAAAACAAGAAUUUGGAGAAGAGGAUUAUAGGAAGGAAGAUAUUGAAGAUGAUGAUUAUGGAGAGCAAGAACUUGGAGUACACGAUUCUGGAGAGAAUGAUUUAG